AUGACUGCAAAGACUACGGCAGAGACAUUCUUCAACAACUUUGUAGUUCACUAUGGGAUUCCAAAACGUAUUCAUUCCGAUCAAGGAGCUAACUUUACAGGGAAAUUGAUGCAAGAGUUGUGUGCCAUGUUGCAGAUUGACAAGUCUAGAACCACUCCCUAUCACCCAAUGGGUAAUGGGAUGUGUGAACGCUUUAAUAGGACACUCUGCAACAUGCUCGGAACUCUUGACCCGGACAGCAAGAAGAAUUGGAAAGGACAUGUAGGACCUUUAGUUCAUGCGUAUAAUUGUACACGGCAUGAGACUACAGGUUACUCUCCAUUCUCAUUGAUGUUUGGGCGUGAACCACGUAUACCCAUAGAUCUAGCUUUUGGAUUGGAUAUGGAGCCAAAUAAGUCCAAAUCUGUUAGAGCAUACAAUACAGAAUUACGAGAACGUCUAAAACAUGCCUUUGAUUUAGCCUCCACUACAGUCAAGAAGUCACAGGAAAGACAGAAGCUUUAUUAUGACCAGAAAGCUAGCGCUGCAGUGUUAAAGCCAGGAGACAGAGUGCUAGUGAAGAUUGUUGCUUUUGAUGUGAUGUCUGGGGAUGACGAUUUGGUUAUAAUCUCCACAUACCCAUCCGAAACUUCAUUGUCAGCUGAUAUUGCAGCUGAUGGGCCGACUGAAGUGGAAGUAGUACAGGAUGACCAGAGAGAGGACAUUAGUGCUGGGGAUGAGGUUUUAGAAGUAGAUGCAGAGAUAUCGGAAGAUGCUGUGUCAGAGAUAUCGGAAGAUGAUGUUUCGAAUGAGCCAGUAUCUGAUGAACUGCCAACUCAUCUGGUGGAUGUGGAUCCUGAUCCGCGUGGAAAUGACAUUGUUGUGGAAGAUACUCCGAUUACUCCACCUACACCUUCACUUCGAAGGUCUAGUCGACGGCGCACACAGCCUACGUGGAUGACUGGUGGAGAUUAUGUAUUUUCAGCAGUGUCACAGCCUGACUGGUUUGUAAGAGCCAAUUACCUCAGGUCUCUUCUAGCUGAGGGAGUGCUCACUAUACAGUCAGAAGUUAGUCAUGCUAUUCUGAGCCUGGUCACCGGUGAUGCUAAAUGA